CAGAAGCCCUUAGCACACUACACUUAUCAUUUCGUAAUGGUGGCGAAUUUGGCUGAAGAGUUCUUUACCAAGAACAAUAGCGUCAAGUUCGUUCGUCUUCACUGGGUCGAUUACUCGGGCGUCUUGCGCACACGAAUCAUCACCAAAGCGCGAUGUCUCCGCCUAGCUCAGGGGACAGACUGCUAUCAUCUGGAUCAGUAUUGCAUGAUUAUCCCGAUCUCUACUGCACCUUUAUGCUCUUCGGAUAGCGUUGAACAGUGGAUACUGAACCUAGACCUGGAGUCGCUCAUGGUUUGUGGAUUCGCGCCUACUCAUGCCUCGGUUAUGUGCAGCACUACGCACACCGGCCUCAAGGAUCCCGUUGCAAGGUGUCCUAGGACUUUGCUGCACAAGACAGCACGCACCUUUCAAGAGAGUUGCCAGUCGAAGCUGCUGAUGAGCUUUGAAAUCGAAUUCGUUCUUCUGGAUGAGACCCUCCAACCCGCAACCUCCUUCGACCGCAUGACUGGAUAUUCAAUGACAGCUGGCCUUCGAACGAACAAUCUAGUCAUCCUGGAAGAAAUCGUGAAUGCCCUUGAGGUGUCUGGAAUUGAGAUCUAUCAUUUCCACACAGAAGGCGUGGAACAGUUCGAGAUCGCCUUGUCGCCCCUUUCCCCAAUGCAGGCUAUUGAUGCCCUCAUGAUGACCCAGGAGACAAUCCGCACCAUCUCAAUCCGUCAUGGACUUAAAGCCACUACUGCGCCGCGGCCAACCUUCCACGGCCCACCGAGUGGCUGUCACCUUCACUUAUCUCUCAACCCUGUCCCCUCCAAGGAUGCCUCCUCAUUCCUAGCGGGUAUCCUCCAGAGCAUGAAAACCCUCUGCGCACUUGGUCUGCCAACCUACGAUAGCUACCAUCGCGUGAUUGGUGGCGGGAAUGUUGGAGAGUGGAUAGGCUGGGGAACUCAUAAUAAGGACUUCCCUAUCCGUCAAGUCAGUUCUAAUCGUUGGGAAUUCCGGUUUCUCGAUGCCACGGCCAAUGUGUACCUUUUCGUGGCUGCUCUUCUUUCUUCUGGCAUGUCAGGGAUACAGAAGAAUCAGGUCUUGACAUACGCUGACUGCCCUGUCGUGCCGUCUGCCAUCAACUCUUAUGAAGAAGCAGGGCGCCGGCUCCGAGAAUUCGGCAUCACGGAGCGUAUGCCCAAGACAUUUGCAGUGUCGCUGAGCCAUGCAAGAGAGGAUAAAGAUCUGCAAAGCUGGAUGGGAGAGGAGUUGUUCUCACAGUAUAUGAAGAUCAAGGAGACGGAGCUCGAGCACUUCUCCAAGAUGACGGAUGAGGAACGUAGACGGAAGAUCUUGGACUACUUCUAG